CAGACCACCGCUGGAGAGGAAGAUGGCGAUGUAACAGCCAAAACACUGCCGAAUAAAGAGCCUUGAGCCUUAAACCAGCUCAGCAUGGAGCCUGAAAUAAAAAGAUAUAACCCGCGAGUCCUGUAGACUAUCAUGUAACGUUAGGGCUGCUGUGUAAUGGACAAAGACAAAUUUGCAUCUGGUCCCAGCUCUUGGCUGGAGAUGCAUAACUUUAUUGGUGACCUUGUGGCCUCUAGUGCGACGGGCUCAGCUGGUCAGCUGCUGAAAUACCAUAACCAGCAGUCACUCCGCACUGCCUGGGAGACGAUGGGACCUGAGGCCUCAGCACCCAAAGCCUCUCACCCAGCUCAGAGGGACCUAACCAGACAGAACCAGGGGAAAACCAUGACAGGGUUUGCUCUGCAGUCUGGAGAGAGGAGCGAGGAGUCUGGGGAGUGUGGUGAGCAACAACUUCGACAACAUACCUGCACCUGCCCAGGCUGUCCCCUUUCAUCCAUGCCUACUGCACCCUCUCUGCAGAGCCUGAAACCCAGAUAUAGUUCCUUCCCCCAGACCCAGUCAGCAGUUUCCACUGUGCCCCCCACAUCGUCGCAGUCCAAAGAGCCCAGCUCGGUCCCGGUCACCCUUGGUCUAUGUCUUGGCCUGGGUCUCUCUCUAGAGGAGGGGAACACCGAGCCCAGCAGCACAUCCAACCCUGAGCCGAGCCACCCUGAGCACCAGGAUAAAGGCACCAGCACCCACAGCCCGACGCCUGCCCCAAACUCAGGCCAUCAGAUCUGCCCAACUGCUAUCCAGGCCUUCCCCUGCCUCUGCUUCCAGCCUUGUGCCCACCUCCUGCGACCCCAGCAGGGAUCUGAGAGCCAUUUCGCUCACAUGCACUCGCACCACCACUACCACCACCAUCAUCACCAUUGCCCCCUUGCCUCCUGCCUGCCCUGCCCGCAGUUGCGUGCCGGUUCCCGGUCGCCGCCUCCCUUCCCUUGCCUGUCCUGUCAGCGCACCUUUCCCACUUGCGCUCAGCUGCUGCGCCACCAGCAGGGCCACAUGCAGCAAGAGGGCCUCCAGCAGCAGCAUCCGUGCAUGCACUGCUCAGCCUCCUUCACCCGGCCCUCGCAGCUGCUGCAGCACCAGCGGGCCCAGCAUGCAUCCAAAGCUGGCGGCUUCCUGUGCGCCGAGUGCGGCCGUGCCUUCAACUCACACAGCAAUCUGCGCGUCCACCUGAACGUGCACACGGGUGCCCGGCCCUAUUCCUGCGGUGAGUGCGGCAAGAGCUUCAGCCAGUCAGGGGCGCUCAAGAUCCACCGGCGCAUCCACACUGGCGAGCGGCCGUACUCUUGCACCUACUGCGGUCGGGGCUUCCCCCACCUGGCUGGUGUGAGGGCCCACCAACGCACACAUACUGGGGAGAAACCCUACCACUGCACGCAGUGCGGUAAGUGCUUCACCCAGUCGGGUGCGCUGAAGAUCCACAUGCGUGUCCACACGGGUGAGAGGCCCUUCAUUUGCAGCCUGUGCGGAAAGGGUUUCUCCAACCGCUCGGGCAUUCGCUUCCAUCACCGCACCGUGCACGGGAUCGUCACGGAGCCAAAUUCUGUGGGACGGCCCAGCCUGGCUAGUGGCGCCGCUUCUGCGGGUUCAGAGCCGCGCUCUGCCCAGGCCAGUCAGCCGGAGUCCGCCUCAAGCGGCAGCAACCCUGGGCAGGCUGCUGCUCAACCCACAAUGGAUAUGAUCUCUCAGAGCAGGGAAGGUCCAGAGGUACAGGAGGAGCGGAGAGCCCUGCCCUAUGCCUGCGAGGACUGUGGCAUGCGCUUUCAGGACGCUCCCUCCAGAAACAAGCACCAGGCACAGCAGCACUACUCCACUGAGGAGGCGGAGCAGGAGCAGAGGCCUGCAGAAACAGCUAAGGAGCACACUUAGAGAGAAAGACUCUGGUCAGUGUCUUCUAAGAGGAUAUUAGAAUCUGACAGAAAUCAAAAGAGGCAAAAGCGAAAAGAAAAUUGCUAGUAUUAGGGAUGUCCUGAUCAAGUUAUUUUGCCCCAGUCCUGAUCUAAGUCCAGUAUUCUUAAGUAUUCAGUAUUUUUACAUAAGUUAAUAUGGUUGAAUUCUACUCCUACACUGUUUAAAAGGGAAUUUCACCUGCCUAACUACGUGGUUAAAAUCUAAAAAAAAGUCUUUCAGAGGGGUCUGAUGUGAAAUGUUCAGAUCUAGAGAAACUAGAUAUCUGAACAAUUUAAGGCUUCUAAAAGCUCCCUCAGAAAAACAGGAUUUUUUUUUCAGAUUUACUACUGUUUUAGCAUUAGCAACCUUACAUAAAACCCAGUAAUAUAUAGUAUUAGUAUACUAUAUAGAUAUAUAUACAUAUAUACACCGACUGGCCACUUCAUUAAGUACACCUACAUUAUAUCUACACUCCUUGUUAAUUUAAUCAGGUCCAUUUACCAUAUAGGUGCGCUUUGUAGUUUCACUGCAGUCCAGUCUGUUUCUCUGCAUACUUUAUUAGCCCCCUUUCACCCUGUUCUUCAGUGGUCAUGACCCCCACAGGACUACUACAGAUGGGAUCAUUCUCAGCACUGUAGUGACACUGAUGUGGUGGCGGCAUGUUAGUGUGUGUUGCGCUGGUUCGGGUGGAUCAGACACAGCAGUGCUGCUGGAGU